GAAGUUGCAAGAAUAUGUAGAUCUAAUUUGCGGAAAUGUAUCAAAAAGAAAUCUGGUUCCAGACCGAUACGCGAUGCGAAGGUCGCUUUGGCUAUGGAUGACCUGAGACUGCAUUCGGCUUUUGAGUUGGGAAUCGCCCUCGGCUGUGACAACUCCACCAACUUGGAGAAGAAGGCCGCCACCGUAGGCACUGUUGUCGAUAUGCUAAAAAAGACCAUGACACUGGAUACAGUCGAGGAGUAUUCCGUGGUCCCUUCGGCGAAUCCUGGCGAUCAUUUCACGCCUGAUCAGACGGUGAUGGUAACGAGUGCUUCGAUACCAGUUUUGGAAGGGAAACAUUGUCUAUUCUCAGUGCCGACCAAAAAUCCGCUUCUGAAGUUAUACCGCAUGGGCAGCGGAGAACCGCCUUACACACGUUUGGUUAUGGCUGUAGAGAAGGUGCGGUACGUCCAAGCCAGCGCCGGUGUGGCGGAUCGUCUCGCGAAGACGUACAAAUUGUUCCACACGCAAAUGUCCACUGCAACUGAAGACAUCUGUCCAAAGAGU